AUGAAGCGUUUCUGCCACAGCCUCAAAUGCUGGGGCCGCCGCUGCGACUGCAGUGAUGACUCGGAUUCCGAUGGCCAAACACUGCCCCUAGCUAAAGUGGCACCUAAAGGCGGGCAUAAUGCACCUCCUACAAUGACUUACCCUAAAAAUGUGACAGCCAAAGCCCCAAAGCCAGGUAAAGACCCUAAGCCAGCUGAGCCUAAGAACAAGGCUAAACCUCAGGAAGCCGCCACCGACAAUGAUGGCAAUUCUCGCACAGAAAUUACACCUGACAUGAGUGAUAUCGAUAUGAACGAUGCCAGUGAUGGUAGAAUAAGUGACAAUCCCUCUCCCCCCAGAUCUGACAGUGAUAUUGAUAUGCCAGAUGCCGAUCCCGGCGAAUUAUUGACCUACCCUCUAGCCCGAAUGUCACAGAAUAGACGUACCUUAUCCAAUGCAGGUGAAAGUGAGUCUUCAUCCGAUGAUGAUGCCUUGUACUUCGGUUCUCCGCGUCCCCGUGCUCCCAUACCCUUGAGGGCCACGCACCAGUCUGGCCGAAUCGAACUUUGGAGCCUGAGAUCCUCUAACGACAGCAUGCAAUCCUAUAGCGGUAGGAAGCGGGGGCAUGUCGAAGAGGUUGAGGAUGUAAAUCAAGAAUGGAGCCCAGCUCCUAGCUCUCACGGUUCUCCCCCUUCGAAGCGUCAGCGCACCAGUGGGGAGAGUUCGACUGAAGGACAGCUUUGGGGACCGGAACUAUUGUUUCCAGAACCACUCACUUCUCAAAACGUUGCCGCCUCUAGUGAUUCCGAAGAGUUCAACACAGACGAUGAGAUGUAUGAAAAGCCUUCUACAACGACAAUCAACCGGUACCGAGAAAAAGGAGCUCAACUACAAGCUUGGUUAGAAGACCCUAACGAACCAGACUGCAAUAUUGCCCCGGCAACAGCAACUCUAGACGACUUGAUGAACGCCCCGCCGCCAGACGUUUUUGAACUCGGAGAAAGCUAUCACCGAGAUCCGGGCGACCUUAUGGACGGAGGCGAACCCGAGUCGACGGGCCUCCCUACCGAGGGAAACAGGUACCGACAUACAGCGUUUUUUAACAAUGUUCUGAACCCAGAGACCCUAGCGAGAUUCAACUUCCCAAGUUUGAGUAAUAGCUAUACACAUCUGGUCGGACCGGGACUGCUUGUUGCUGAUUCCAUUUUUAGGUACGAUAACAUCCAGUGGAAUGAAUUCGCCAAGGCUGUGUAUGAGUAUGACCACCCCAUGUCCACUUUGAGGUAUAUUAUGUUUACCCAUGUCGUUAAUGACGAGACUGGACCGUAUAUCAGGCGGAUACUCUAUCCCAGACUUGGACGCGAUUUCGAAGCUGCGAUGCACGAGUCGUGCAUGAAGGUCGAACGUGGCACUGCUGAGUAUGAGGAACUUCUCGGCACGAAAUUAGGAAAAGCAGCUGCCAUACUUCUUAUAUCAUCUCUCCCUAGAGGUACGAGACGUAUCGCCCGAGUAGUCAUUUGGAAUUGGGUCUAUAGAGUUCAGAUAAGAUUCGAGAUCGAACCCAUUAUUGCUAACUCAGAUGAUCAACCAGAAACUGCCGGCGAUGAUUGA